CCUCUGCAUUCUUCUAGUUUUCGUCAACCCCAGCCCGCGCAGGAGCACCAGGACGUACGGGAGUCUCCUCUCAAGUCUCAAGGAAGGUCAAGGAAGAAUGAAGAGAAGAAGAAAAAGAUAGGAGCAAGGGAAGGCCUUCCGGUUCCAAAACGGGCAAGCUACACAAAGGAGGGGAGCGGGAGGGGAGGCCGUUGCGUUUCCCGGUAUUUGCUCCCGGCCCACCGCUCCCUAUACAACCUCCACGGCUGCGUCGCCGCCUACCUCCCCUAAGGCUCCGCAUCCCCCACAUUCUUGACCUCCCCGGCGCCGCUAGCGCUCCCCCGCGUGCCGCGCCCACCCGCCGGCUCGCCAUGGGAAACUGCUGCGCGGGAUCAGGGGAUGCGGAGCCCGUCCCCGCCUCCUCCGGCGACCCCUCCACGCGCCGCGCCGGCGCCUCCAUCAAGGCCGGCGGCGCAUCGCCCUCCUCCGCGCCCGCGCAGAACAAGCCGCCGGCCGCCAUCGGCCCCGUGCUCGGCCGCCCCAUGGAGGACGUACGCAGCAUCUACACCGUCGGCAAGGAGCUCGGCCGCGGCCAGUUCGGGGUCACCAGCCUCUGCACGCACAAGGCCACGGGCCAGAAGUUCGCCUGCAAGACCAUCGCCAAGCGCAAGCUGUCCACCAAGGAGGACGUGGAGGACGUGCGGCGCGAGGUGCAGAUCAUGUACCACCUCGCCGGCCAGCCCAACAUCGUCGAGCUCAAGGGCGCCUACGAGGACAAGCAGUCCGUGCACCUCGUCAUGGAGCUCUGCGCCGGCGGGGAGCUCUUCGACCGGAUCAUCACCAAGGGCAAGUACACGGAGCGCGCCGCCGCAUCCCUGCUCCGAACCAUCGUCGAGAUCAUCCACACCUGCCACUCCCUCGGCGUCAUCCACCGCGACCUCAAGCCCGAGAACUUCCUCCUGCUCAGCAAGGAGGAGGACGCGCCGCUCAAGGCCACCGACUUCGGCCUCUCCGUCUUCUUCAAGCAAGGGGAGGUGUUCAAGGACAUCGUCGGCAGCGCCUACUACAUCGCGCCGGAGGUCCUGAAGCGGAACUACGGGCCGGAGGCGGACAUCUGGAGCGUCGGCGUCAUCCUCUACAUCCUUCUCUGCGGUGUCCCUCCCUUCUGGGCAGAAUCGGAGCACGGCAUCUUCAAUUCCAUCCUGCGGGGGCAGGUAGACUUCACCAGCGACCCGUGGCCACGCAUUUCGCCCGCCGCCAAGGACCUCGUCAGAAAGAUGCUCAACUCUGACCCCAAGAAGAGGAUAUCAGCCUACGACGUCCUCAACCAUGCUUGGAUCAAGGAAGACGGAGAGGCGCCUGACACGCCGCUGGACAACGCCGUCAUGAACAGGCUCAAGCAGUUCAAGGCUAUGAACCAGUUCAAGAAAGCUGCGCUAAGGGUCAUCGCCGGAUGCCUGUCGGAGGAAGAGAUCAGGGGGCUCAAGGAGAUGUUCAAGAGCAUGGACUCGGACAACAGCGGCACCAUCACCGUCGACGAGCUCCGGAAGGGUCUGGGAAAGCAGGGGACCAAGCUCACGGAGGCCGAAGUGGAGCAGCUCAUGGAAGCCGCCGACGCCGACGGGAGCGGGACGAUCGACUACGAGGAGUUCAUCACGGCGACGAUGCACAUGAACAGGAUGGACCGGGAAGAGCACCUCUACACGGCCUUCCAGUACUUCGACAAGGACAACAGCGGCUACAUUUCCAAGGAGGAGCUCGAGCAGGCCCUUCGGGAGAAGGGACUCCUGGAGGACGGCAGAGACAUCAAGGAAAUCGUAUCGGAAGUCGACGCCGACAACGACGGGAGGAUCGACUACAGCGAGUUCGUGGCGAUGAUGAGGAAAGGGGCCCCCGAGGGGGCCAACCCCAAGAAGCGGCGCGACGUCGUGCUAUAGGAGACGGCGGGUUGGUCGAGGAAGCAGGCGGUCGAUCGGCAACAGAAGAGCAGCAAGCGAUCGAGCGCGCGUGCGAGGCCGCCCGCGACAACGACGACGACGACGAAGACGAGCUCAUGCACAUUUUUCUCACAAGGGGCCGAGUAGAAAAUGUUCAUAUAUAUACCGUGGGAACCGAAAAUGUUCCGGGAAUGGAACGUACGCUGUCAUCUUCUUCUUCUCUGGUUCUGCUGGUUCCCUUGACUGCCAGGGGAAUUAGUUAGUAUGUAUGUAUACAUCAGUUGAGUAAGUUGGACAUUUUAGAGCCUGAACUUGUGCGCGGUUUCAGGCUUGAAAAUGUACAGGUAUGUAACUUGAGUGAACUAACGAGUGUGUUUUUGAUGA